CAAAAUAAAUGGCAUAGAGUUUCCGGCGGUGUCAUUGCCGCGAAGUAUGAAGUAAAUAAUGGUUGCAUUCCUUAUUAGGAAGAAUUGCAGAGUAUUUUUUAGUAAGUUAGGCCUGCUUUAAAGCUUAAAAUUUGGCUUCUGAAUCCGUAUAGUGUCACCACGGAAUUGUUUUUUCUAGCAAAAAGGUGGGAGUAUUUGUGAAUACCCCGAAGCGGAAAUCAUAUAGGGCAUCUAACCGAGAUGGGGUCCUUACUGUCCCGGUGGAAGACCAAGCCUUCUACAGUAGACAUUUUGGAAAACUUAGAAAAGGACAUACAGCACCUGGAAGAAUUCAGGGUUAAGAAUCAGAGAGUGCUGAAGCUAUGGGUGGGGCGACUUCUGCUGUACUCAUCCGUCCUCUACCUUCUUACAUGUAUAUCCGUCUACUUGUGGUGUCUCCCUGAACAAUGGACAGAGCGACUCAUAUUGGCUUUGCCAUUUUUCUUAUUUCCGAUACUAGUCUGGUUUACCAGGAAGUUGUUAAUUAUUCUUUUUUCUAAGAGGACUGAACGAAAUAAUGAAAAGUUAGAUGAGCUCAGAUCCAAGAAAAAGAAAAUACUCGAAGAGGUGAUGGAGACUGAAACGUAUAAAAAUGCCAAAUUGAUCCUGGAGAGAUUUGAUCCGGACUCGAAGAAAACUGCUGAGCUUGAAUCCAAUCCGACUGGUUCACAGGCAACACCAAGACCAGGACAAGAACUUCGUCAACGCAAUGUGACCCCAAAACCACCUGUUAUGGGGACCCCCAUUGGCUCCGCUGCUCAGCCCCCGACUGUCCUACCAGCCACCCCCUCUGGCCCACCCCUACGCUCAGCCCCAGGUGGACCCCCUGAGAGAGGCCUGGCAACCGCUUCUGCUCAGCAGACCCCACUAAGAAGGCCUGUGCCCCCUGGGAUCAUCAUGGGAAUGGGCAUGCACCCCCCAGGCCCCCCCCUUGCCAGGCCCAUCCUCCCACGGGAACGGGGUACUAUGGACCGCAUCAUUGAGUACAUGGUUGGUGACGGCCCUCAGAACAGAUAUGCUCUCAUAUGUCAGCAGUGCUUUUCCCACAAUGGCAUGGCAUUAAAAGAAGAAUAUGAGUACAUUGCCUUCCGCUGCGCUUACUGUUACGUCCUGAACCCUGCGAGAAAGACCCGGCCCCAAGCACCCCGGCUCCCGGAGUUCAGCUUCGAGCGGAGCUCGCACCCGGAAAUGGCCGCCCUGGCAUCGUCUGUCCCAGAGCCCUCUGCCGAGUCCCCCGAUCCAGCUGAAAAGGAGCCGGACGCUUCUGCCGCUGAACCAGGAAGCCCGCAGGCAGUGGUUGCCCAGGAGGACUCUGUGGCAGAAGGACCCGGAACACCAGAAUUGGAAAGUGCCCCCGUCUGAAAAGUCUGAAGAGGAGCAAGACGUCUCACAGAUGGAGGUUGAAUAAAAUCCUUGUGUCUCCCGUGCAGAAAUGAAUUUGGUCACGAUGUCCGUUGGAAUGGGUUUUUAGAUGCGUACGUUUACUUGUUGCUGGUUAGAGCUUGACAUGCAGCUGGACAGCUGAAUGUAAAAUGAAGUGGUAGCUGUAUGAUUUUGGUUAAAGGCUGCUUCCGGUACAGCAAAACAUCGGCAGUCGUUUCUUUUUCCGUUCGCCGUUUAUUUAUUUUCCCAAAGCCGCACUUGUGUAAAUAACUUCUGCCAGGUAUUACAUUGAUAUUGCUUUUGGAGUAGUAUUAGAAUGUAGCUUAUUUUCUUUUGGAAAAGGAGCUUAUUUGCCAUUUUUUUUUUUUUUUUUUAAAGGGGGAAAAAAACGCAGAAUUUUUUUUUUAUAGUAGUUUACAUAAUUUUAUGCAAAUGCAUAAAACUGUCAGGUGCACAAGUGUUUUUCUCGCAGGCGUUUAAAUGGUGUAAUAGUGCCUUUAAGUAUUGUAAGGGUUUUGGGAUCUCGGUACAGUGAGGCAGUCCUCAUGUUUACACAGUAAUGUACAGCGAUGCUUAUAGUCAGGCCCUCUCAUUUAUUCCUGCGACUAAAACCUACUACACAACCACAAAACUAAUAGCAUGUGUGCCAAGGUGUGUUGAAUCUACCCCCCGCGCCCCCCCCACCUCAAACCCUCUAAAUUUAAAUAAAAUGUUGUUUUCAA